AUGCUGACCGAACGAUACUUUGCGGCUGUGAAUGGCCCUCCCAUUGCCAACAACACUGCCAUUGCCAAGGACGUGGGUAUAUACGAGCAUAUCCUCCACCCGAGCCAUUCGACAGCCAAUACCUUCAAGAAGAGUUCAGCUCCGCCAAACUGUCUCGCUGUCAGCAACACUCACGUAUUCUCUGCCCAGCAUGAAAAGUCCACGGUCCAUGUGUACACCAGAGCAAAGGGAACCCACGAGGUGACGGUGACAUUUCAAGAAAGAAUCAAGACCGUCACUCUGUUUGGUCAAGUCUUGAUCCUCGGCACAGAUCAGGGUCGGGUUAUCCUUUGGGAGACUUGCACUGGAAGGCAAAUCACCACUCCCGCAUGCCAUGUACAAGCAAUCACCUGCAUGGCCGUGACUCCAUACCACCUGCUUACAGGCUCCGAUGACUCCAACAUUCAAGUAUGGGACCUUGCUCGCCUGCUAGAGCUUGAUACGACCGUCGAACAUGAGCCGGAAAAGACCUUGUCCAACCACCGAGCCGCCAUUACAGCCUUGGCCGCCAGCCAGAGCAUCAACCGAGAUACCAGCAUUUGCGUUUCCGCCAGCAAAGACAAAUCAUGCAUCAUCUGGAACUAUCAUACUGGCGAGGCCUUGCGAACUCUGCUGUUCCCUAGCCCACUCACUGCCCUAUGCUUAGAUCCUUGCGCACGCGCUUUUUAUGUUUCAAGUGACAACGGCGCCAUGUUUUCCGUCGAACUUUUUGCAGAAAAGGCAUUAAUCGGUGGCCAAAGCGCAGAGGCAAGCUCAACUGUAGUUCAAAUUUCGUCUCCAUUUGGUCAAUCACCACAAGAGACGGGAGCAGCAUCUUGUCUUGGUCUCACUUACGACGGCACAGUCCUACUGUCGGGUCACUCUAAUGGUCAGAUUCUCAGGUGGGAUCUCAGCACCAAGGCGAUUGCAACCGAAGUGGCCAAUUUGAAUGCUUCGGUGAGCAACCUUCUCUUUGUGUCGCCAAUCCCCACGUCCGAAGCUGUCACGACUGUCAACAUUAUCAAGCCAUUCCUGGGCAGUCGUAGCUACAAUUUCACAGCGCAGCUAGAGUCAGAUCUAGUCGGUGAAACGAGAUUGGGUAAGAUGCUAGAGUCCAAGGGCUUCUCGCAUGACAUCCUCGAACAGGCAAUAUCUGCUCUACAGCAGCCUUUAUCCACCACAGCUCCCGCCGGAGAUGAGGCAUUGCGUAAAGAGAAUGAGGAGCUCAGGGAAAUCAUUAAUGAGCAGCGCGCGCUGCAAAAGAAGACUAUGCAAAGAUAUGUGGAGGCCAAAUCAGCGACUUCCUGA